CGAUCGUCGUUUGGGCUAGAUAAUAUUUAGCAGCUAAUUCUCUAUAGACGGAAGAUGCGUUCCUACAUUAUUUUGGGAAUUUCUUUCCUUCUUGGUAUAUCGGGAGUUCCAGUCCAGAAGACAGCAAAUGACAAAACCUACAAAAUGUUAAAAUGGUGUGACGUUGGUAUAGUUGGAGGUGGGAUCUCAGGACUGUACAUGGCAUUCGAAAUACUGACAGAAAAGAAAGGCGCAAAAGUUUGUAUUUUUGAGAAAGAUGACGAGCUUGGAGGSAGAAUUCGUGAUCAUCGCUUUAAAGAAGCACCGGAUAUCGACGUUGGACUUGGUGCUUGGAGAGUGGAUCAUAACCAGUUCUUAAUGAUCAUUUUGGAAGCACAGGUAACCCAACAGCCAAUAAGGUUGCGCUUCAGUCUUAGUAGGAAACAGGCAGGACUUGGUGCUUGGAGAGUGGAUCAUAACCAGUUCUUAAUGAUUGACUUUCUUAACGAGYUCAACAUCACUUACAAGGACUGGAGCUUUGUGAACCCGACGAUAUACGAAUCAAGAGAGAUAGUAUCCGACAAGACAGAAGAUAUCAAGAUAGCUUACCCUGCUCUCAAAAAUGACCCGAMAUUUGGCGCUUUCACUAAGUCUGAUCUUUGGAAGUACCUUUUAAGGCCAGAAAAUCUUGCUCAAGUUCAUAAAUAUGCCUCCGUUUAUACGUACAUAUCAGAUAUGAUUACAUCAGAAGGAGCGAAUUAUCUGGCCGACUUGCAGUUUCACCGAGGAGACGUACAAGAGCUUGUCGAACCCAUCAGCUACUUUGAGUGGUUAAAAAUGAUGAAUUUAWUGACUGGAAAGUACUAUAGACCACAUGGAGGGAUGUCUGCAAUCAUAGCAAACCUACUUGACAGAGUAGAGUCCUUGGGUGGCCAUAUUUACCUAAACAACGAAGUGACUGCUCUUUACAAAAUCUGGAGAUCCCGCUACAUAGUGCGAACACCACGAUUUAGAGCCAUUGUGAAGAAAUUGGUCAUCGCAGUACCACCAGGAUCUUUUAGGAAAAUCAGAGGACGAGUUGCUAGAAUGAUUCAGAAAACAGCAGAGUUUGACUCUAUUUUGCCGAUUCAAGCAUUCAAGGGCGGUGCUAUMUAUGCGGACCCUUGGUGGGAAAAGGUAAAAGUCAAGAAUAUGUCCAUCAAAGCUGGACAGCAAUUUAUCUCUCAGGACAACUGCAUUGGAUCAAGCUUGGCCCAUAGGRGCUACGGUAAAAAUGGCGAAGGAGUAUUGCACACAAUCUACACGGACAGCCAAUGCGCCAGGAGUUGGCAUGGGAUUUGGAAACUAAAGAAAAACUACAUUGACGAUGAAGUGCACAGAGCACUUGAGGCAAAGUAUGGAUGCAAAAUUCCAAUUAAACCGAAAAAGACGGAGUAUCAGUAUUGGGACUCUGCAUGGCAUUUCCAGAAGUCAGGCACAUCUUUCUCUUUGACUGAUAUCAGUGACUGGGCGAAGCGACCGUUCAAAAGAGAGAACAUCUUUGUCGUUGGAGAGUCGUAUCACCCGAUGCGAGGUUGGUGUGAGGGAGCGAUUGUCUCGUGCCGUCAUGCGCUCAAAGAGGGUUGGGGAAUCGUUAAAGAUGUGGAACACAAAUUCGUUAACAAAGAGUUUUUCGUAAAUGAUAAUUUCGACGUGUUGUAAACAAUAACUUKUGCAACAAAGCAACACAAUAUAUUUCCUUCAGAAAAAUGGUAUUGAAAUAAACUUUAAUCAAA